UUCUUAAAAAUGGUGCCUUGCUGUUUCAGCUUCCCAAUCUGUUGUUCUAUGGCCCACCUGGAACUGGAAAGACUUCCACUAUUUUAGCAGCUGCUAGAGAACUCUAUGGGCCUGAAUUAUUCCGGCAAAGAGUCCUUGAGUUAAAUGCUUCUGAUGAGCGUGGAAUACAAGUGAUUCGGGAAAAAGUGAAGGCUUUUGCUCAGCUAACUCCAUCUGGAAGCCGUUCAGAUGGUAAAGUUUGUCCUCCUUUUAAAAUUGUAAUCCUGGAUGAAGCAGACUCAAUGACUUCAGCAGCCCAGGCAGCUUUAAGGCGGACAAUGGAAAAAGAAUCUAAAACAACACGUUUCUGCCUUAUUUGUAACUAUAUCAGCAGAAUAAUUGAACCUUUAACAUCUCGGUGCUCCAAAUUCCGCUUCAAGCCUUUGUCAGACAAAAUCCAGCAGCAGAGGCUACUGGAUGUUUCUGAGAAGGAACACGUGAAAAUCAGUAGUGAGGCAGUAUCAUACCUUGUUAAAGUAUCGGAUGGAGACUUAAGAAAAGCAAUUACUUUUCUUCAAAGUGCCACUCGCCUAAUGGGUGGGAAAGAGAUCACAGAGAAGAUAGUCACUGAAAUUGCUGGGGUCAUCCCCAAAGAAACGAUUGGUGAACUGCUGUCUGUCUGCCAGAGUGGUUCAUUUGAGAAACUGGAAGCACUGGCAAAGAACCUCAUAAAUGAAGGGUAUGCUGUGGCUCAGCUUGUAAACCAGCUGCACGAUACUGUUGUGGAGAGCGAAGAUUACAGCGACAAGCAGAAAUCUGUCAUAGUUGAGAAACUUGCGGAAGUAGACAAAUGCUUGGCAGACGGUGCCGAUGAGUACUUGCAGCUGAUGAGUCUCUGUGCCCUUGUGAUGCAGCAGCUGACCCAGAACACUUGACUCCUCCAGCAGU